AUGCUAAAAGUUGCAAAUAUUGGGGUAACAAAGCCUCUGAAAUUACUCAGAUACCUAUUCUUCACCGUGGUGGUGAUCAACUUGACAUACAUAAUACUAACGGAAUAUGACUUGAAGCUGUCCUUUAAAGCCAUAGUCGGCAAAAGCUACCUCAAUCUCAAAUCGACCCAAGACUCGCUUCUGGUGGACGAUUUAAACAUUCGACCCAUAUCAAAGCAGUUGCUGAAAAAAAUCGAUUUACUCACGCAGCCAGAGAACCAAAGACGGUUCUUUAUGAUCAACAGCGACUUGACCGAGGUUGAUAUCACCGUGCAUCGAAACCAUACCCAGGAAAGAGCCAAGAGCAACUUGAUCUACUAUGACCCAAGGUUCACGUUGCUGGUGUAUUUGCACGAGUUGAAAAUCCAGUACUUGGCUCAUGGGCGCACGGUGGACUUGAACAAGUUGGACACGCCAAUAACGUUGCCGUUCAACUGGUACGAUUGGAUAGAUCUAACCAUUUUAAAUGAAAAUAUCCGCAUGCCGCCCGAAGCAAGACCAAAUUGCCAAAGCAUUCGAGAACUCACCGAGUCUCAACAAGUGUUUAUGGAACAGUGGUGCCAAAACUUGGAUAGUGUGCUGCAGCAGGACUUGCAAAACUGGGGGUAUACAAGAGAACAGUUGCCCGGGUACAUUUUCUUUGGCCACCAGCCCCAUAAUCGCCGUUCUUUUAACGAUCAAAGAGUAUUGAUGAGCAAAAGCUACGCCAUGAUCCACCUCCCUAAUCCUUUAAAGGUGAUUAUAUUGGACGAGUUUGGCACUUAUGAGUUUGACGUUGACCAGAAUAACAGGAACCGCAUUGAAAAGGGCCGGAUGUGGCAGCGGUAUUUGAAUAUCAACCGAAUCGGAGAAGACGUGCCCGAGGUCACUUUGAACCAUAUCAACGAGUUGAGACACUUGCAAAGCAUGAUCAUCCCUUAUUCACGCGCCAAGACCGGUUUGGAUAUGACUUUAACCCAGUAUAACUUGAGUGAAAGUCUGUUCCACCCCGUCCCUAUCGCUGAGCAUAUGUUGUCGUUCCCCAAGGAAUUUCGAAGAAGCGAUUUGCCCGAAGCUGAAAAGAUGAAAUUGUUGACUCCGCAAGAACGGGUCUUUUACCAAGGGCUCGUUGAUUGUCUGCAGCAUUUGAACAAUGUUGAGCCUCGAUAUUUCAAAAUGGCCACCAUCAGGAUCGAUGACCCCAAGAAUGUCGAUUACGACCGAGGCUGGCAUUACGACUGGCGGUUUUUUAAUGGUGCUUUAAACUAUGCCAAAGACGGCUGGAACCAGCAAGAAAACAUCUAUCGUACCCAAAUUAUCCUCGACCGGUUAUUGAGAAACUGGGCGAAAUUCGCGCAAACAAAGGGGAUAGUCUGGUGGAUCAUGCACGGCCCGCUCUUGUCGUGGUACUGGAAUGGGUUGAUGUUCCCCUUUGAUGUCGACAUUGAUAUCCAAAUGCCCGUUUCCGACUUGUACAAGUUGGCCAAGAGCUAUAACCAGACGCUCGUGGUGGAGGAUCCCACCGAGGGGUAUGGCAAGUACCUCAUUGACGUGGGGACAUACAUCUAUAACCGUGACAUGUCCCGCGGCGACAAUUAUAUCGAUGCGCGGUUCAUCGAUGUCGACUCGGGGAUAUACAUCGACAUCACCGGUUUAAGCAAGAGCAAAGCCAUGCCCAAGGACUCCCUCACCGAGGAAGAGUUGCAAAACUUGGAACUAAUCCAACUCAACAAACAAAGCGAAGAAGACGAAAUCUACAACGACCGAAGAAAACAUUUUUACAAAUUGGACCAAUUGAGCCCGCUCAAGUACUCCAUGUUGCAAGGUAUACCUGUAUUUGUGCCGCUGGAAGUCAAUUCGCGCUUACAAUUUGAGUACAGUAAGGGGUUGAGCGACUAUGAGUAUGCCAAAUGGUACUACGUGAAGCAAAUCAACUUGUGGGUCCAUCGCGACCACUUGGUUUCCGUGUUGCCCGCAUCGGCGAUCCAGCCCUCGCCAGAUGGGAAAACCAGCGAAAAGGACUUGAUCUUGCUCCAGCUCGACUUGUUGACCGAUGACCAUAUACUCAAAUUGUUGGAGAUUGAUGAGAUCUUGAUUGAGUAUUACAAGACCAAGAAAUUCACCGACUUGCACGAUCUCGAGAUGGAGUACAUGUUGAUUGGCGACAAUGCCAAGUAUCACAAGUUGGUGGACCAGUAUUUCAAAAAGAUUGAAAAUAAACCACUUCGGAAAGCUCUCUGGGAUUAUGAACAUUUAGAAAGAUCAAAGUAUCAUAGAAAUAGAUAG